UAUCUCUUAAAUUCAGGGGUAAAAAUUUAUUAAGUGAUUUUAGAGCGAUGAAAGUACCAAAAACUCCCGAUUGGGUUUCCACAUUGUCCCUCAACCAGGCGGUUGCCUCCAUCCUGGGGGAAGGACACCACAUCGUGACGGUCAUUCCAAGCAUUAACCACAUCCAAUUCCGCAACUGCACGGUCCUCGUUCCCAUCCGGGUAAAGGUCCAGUUGCCGGACUUCACGGUGAAGAAGUUAUCCUUUGUGCUGAAGGCUCCGCAUGGCAGCGACUUUCAGGCCAGGGUGAUGAGUCAGCUGAAGAUGUUCACGCGGGAGCACCAGGUCUACCACAAUCUUCUGCCCAAGCUGGAGCAGCUCUACAGGGAGGCGGGCAAGGCGAUAUCCUUUGGACCGAGGACUUUCAGGCUGGACCACGCAAUCGGAGUUCAGUACAUCCUGAUGGAGGACCUCAAGACCCGGGGAUUCCGAAAUGUGGAGCGACACGAGGGAUUUAAUGAAGAGUGCCUGAAGCAAGUGCUCAAGAAACUGGCCCAGCUGCAUGCCGCCUCCGUAGUGUUUGUGGAAAAGAAUGGAGCCUUCGGCAAACUUCUGGCCAACGGAGUCUACACAACGGCCAACCGAUCCGUUCUCCGGGAGCUAAACGAUCCGGAUACAUUUCUCUCCCAGCUGCGAAGGUGGCGCAUGGGCGACCAUUUCCACAAGCGAUUCGUGGAGAAGGAGCAGCACCUGGUCGAUCGGAUAUUGGAGCUCCAUGCCCCCAAUCCCGAGCAGUUUAACGUCCUCAAUCACUGCGACUGCUGGGUGAACAACGUAAUGUUCAAGUUUGACGAUAUCGGUCAAGUGGAAGAUACCGCCCUGCUGGAUUUCCAGGUGGUCAAGUAUGGCUCUCCGGCCAUUGAUAUUUACUUUACCAUCCUUUCAUCCGCCGAGAAGGACAUCAAGCUGGUCCAGUUUGAUGAUAUGGUGCAGUAUUAUUUCUACCACUUACUGGAUAAUCUCAAAGUUCUGAAUUGUCAAGGCACCCUACCGCAGCUGCAGGAUAUUCGUGAUUCCCUAAAUAAGAAUUGCCUGGCUGCCUAUGUGGUGGUGACCCGGGCUCUGCCCAUUGCGAUGAUGAGUCAGUUCGAGGACGAGGUCAACGAACGAUAUGCCUCCAAAAUGAAGUGUGCCAUGUUCACCAAUCGAAAAUACAUCCAGGCGAUGAAGGAAAUUCUGCCCUGGAUGGAGGAGCGCUUACUGCUCAAUUAGGUCUAAAUAAAA